UUGCACGAGUUAUCCAUACGAGCUGUUUCAGUCGUUCUUAAAUAGUCUAGCCUUUCUACUCCAUUGGCUUCAAAAGGGCUCAAUUAAUAUCAGUGCUCUGUAAACAAUGUCUUGGCAUCUAGCGCCAUUGCGCUCAGCGAACUGCUCAUGAAAUCCUGCACGAAUUGAAGAGAACCGUUAUUGCACGCAGGUGGCCCGACAGGAUGGGGGAUGGGCCUGCCGUCAGACCUUCGGCUGCCAUCUCGCCCAUGCAGCAGAUGCUGGCAUCUGGCACUGGUGCUGUACUAACAUCCCUUUUUGUCACACCAUUGGAUGUGGUGAAGAUCAGACUUCAAGCCCAGCAAACUCCCCUCCAUCAAGCCAUAGCAGCACAUUCAAGGCCCUGGACUGGGGUCAUCCGGCCAUCAAAAUGGAAACAUUUUCUCUAUUGUAAUGGCUUGAUGGACCACAUCUAUGUGUGCCAGAAUGUGUCAACCUGCGCCAGUUGGUACAAAACCCCAACCCACUUCAGCGGCACUGUGGAUGCAUUUGUGAAGAUCACACGUCAUGAGGGGCUCAGGUCACUGUGGAGUGGACUUCCUCCCACACUGGUGAUGGCAGUUCCAGCCACAGUCAUCUACUUCACGUGUUAUGACCAGCUGAGAGACUUCCUGCAUUAUGCCAUGGGCUAUCAGGGGGACCAUAUCCCUCUUAUAGCAGGAGGACUAGCCAGAUUGGGAGCGGUGUCUGUGAUCAGCCCUCUGGAAUUAGUACGCACAAAGAUGCAGUCCCGCAGGCUCCCCUACAGCGAGUUGAUUGUGUGUAUCCGCUCGGCUGUGGCUCAGGAUGGCUGGCUGUCUCUCUGGAGAGGUUGGGGACCCACUGUUCUGCGGGAUGUGCCCUUCUCCGCCCUGUAUUGGUUUAACUAUGAACUUGUGAAGGCACAGCUAUGUGAGCGCUGCAGCGCACCACAGACCUCUUUUACCAUCAGUUUUACAGCAGGGGCCAUCUCGGGAGCAGUAGCUGCAGUUCUGACCUUGCCGUUUGAUGUGGUGAAAACACGCAAGCAAAUCCAGUUAGGAGAGAUGGAGGCUCACGGAGCAGUUUCUGUGAAGAAACCAUCCUCCACAUGGAACAUAAUGAGGAAUAUUUGGACUGACAUGGGCUACAGGGGAUUGUUCGCAGGUUUCCUCCCAAGAGUGAUCAAAGUUGCUCCUGCCUGUGCAGUAAUGAUCAGCACUUAUGAGUUUGGUAAGACAUUCUUUCAGGAGCGGAAUCAGUGUCAGGCGCGGUGAGGACCUUGAGGUGGUCAUGAGGACCUGCAGUUUGUCAUUUCCCCCAAUCCCAUUAGGGCCAAACUCUGAAGCUACUCCAACUGAAGCUACACACUGAAAAUCACAGCUACAGCAGCCCUGAGUAACAGAGAGCGAUACCUCCUUUUUAGCAUGGCUGUUUGACUACUGCAAACACUGAUGACUUUAGCCCAGCAUUGUCCCGAGUCCCCUUUUCACCGAAACUCUAAUUGUUGGGUGAUAUGUCCACAGACUGGCACCAAGAAUCAAAAGCUGAGACUUUGACUGAUAGACUGCCUCUGAGACCUAAGCCUUCAGGGAUGAUAUAGUGAUUAAUGCACAAUGUUCCCUGAUACCCUGUGAUUCCUUUAAUGGGAAUUUUACCAAAGCAUGCAGGCAGAAAUAAACUACCUCCCCAUGAUGCCCUGCUUAUUGAAAUGGCUACCGAUUGGAUGUGACAGCCAGCUUGUUGUAUCUGCAGUGCAAGACUCUUGAGUCCCUUUCAUUAAAGACACUGUGAUGCCCUCUACUGUUCAUGUUUAAGAACCGCAGACAGAAUGGAUAAACUUCUCAUUACUUAAGAUUUGUUCUCUUCAUUUUCAGCAGGGCAUUGCAUUUUUUGUUUUUCAUUUUUCUGAUAGUAACAAGUCUGGUUCUUGUAUCACAAAACUUGCCCUUUGACAAUAAUAAUAAAAAACACAUCUGUGACACUUUAGAAGGUUUUAUUUUUUAGAGAAUGGAUUGCACCCUUAUGUUUUUACACAAGGCACGUUCUCGUGUGUAGUGGGUGGAUCCCUGGUCUUGUCCUUUUAUUUAAUUCAGAUAUGAACCUGAUUUGCUUGUGUACACAUACUGCUGACUUGAAAUUAUUACACAGUUCUCACAUUGUACCGAAUAGCGAAGUUUUUAAGAAAAGUUAAUGUGCAUCACCAUACAUGAAAUAUUAUACUACAUAACUGAAUAUGGAGUUACAUAUUGCAUUUCAGAAGGAAUAAGAGAGAAUGUAUCUGGAAAAAAAACUAAAAACAAUACCUGUGAAAAUGUAAAAAAUGAACAGGAUGUUUUACUCUUAAAGGAAUGUGGGAGUGCCAGUUAAGCUGAAGGCAUUUAUAUAUAUAUAUAUAUAUGAUUACAUUUGUGUGAUAAUUUUUGUUUAUAUAUUCUUUCAUAUUUUGUUAUAGCACACUUGAAUGAAAAGAAUAAAAAAAAUUAUAAACCUCAA